GCUCGCCACGCUUCACCGCCCUCGGCAGGUAGUCUGCGCCCGUCACGCCGCCGACAUCUGUGCAAUCCAAACUGUUUCUACAUUUUGGAAAAGGACGUUGGGGAUUACUUGUCCGGGAGAAGACGGAGCACUUUGGAUCUGGAGGAAGCCCCGCGACUCUAGGCCAGCGACAUGUCGACCCCUGUGCAGGUGCAACCGACGGUCGCAGAGAGGAGGUACGGAGGAGUCGGCCGCUGCAAGUGCUCCUUCUGGUUCGCGGUGGCCCACGACCUCCUAGGGGUCCUCGUCAUAAUGGUGGGGGUGUUCGGGGGCCUCGCCGUCCACGACCUGUUCAUCUACGCCGGGGCCAUCAUCAUCUUCUUCAGCCUGAUCUGGUGGGUGUUCUGGUACUCCGGGAACAUCGACGUGGCGCCGGAGGAGCUGGAGGACGACGUGGGCCUGAGCAAGCGGAAGAACCGGGGCAUCGGCCGGGUGGUGAGGCACGUGUCCAACCGCCUGUCCAGCAGCUUCCGGAACUCCUUCAGGAGGAGCGGCGACCCCGCGGGGCGGCGGCCGGCCGGAGACACCAGAGCCCCUCCCGGCCAGCGGCCGGCUGCAGACGUGGUCCUGUCCGUUCUAAACGAAAACACCCGUGGCUCCGCGUCCGACCAAGUCGCUCGAGAGACCAUGACCGUGUGAUGUGACUCGGUUCAGCUCAGCCGUGUGCGCCCGCUUCCCAACACGCAGACGCAGCCAGACCACGUGAAGAGACCCGAGAGUAAACAGACCCAGAAUGCACCUGAAGGAUUUAAACACGACUGCCCCAAAAACCCUUAAAUUCGAUAGCUGUGACAGUUCAUGCUGCCUUCCACGCUAAGUGUAAGCUGGCUCCAAAAACAACAUGGCUCUUCGCCGUCUGUGUUAAAGAGGUUUUACCUGCCGGUAGAACUGGAUAAGAUCCAGAAACGCUUUAUCUAGAAGACAGCGGGUAAACGUUGCCUCACACCGACUUUGUGGCAGGUCUGUGUACCUUGCAGCCUUCCUGGGAACCGGGGAUUGAAAAGGGCGGUAAAAGAUUAAUCGGGCAGACCUGAAAUGAUGUCAACAAUGUUAAAUCUUUACUGGUUUAUCUGGGCUUGCGUCUGUUAUCUCUUUUUCGCCAGGACGGUCCCGGUUCUGCCUUGGCGCCUUUUAUAGAACCGCCCCCCCCCCAUUUCGUUUGAGAACCGAACGCCACGUGGCGGAAGUUGGGGUGGUUUCCGUCAUGGCGGACAGAACGCAUCUGCCCUGCUUUCUUUUUUCAGAUUUGCUUUUAUGUCUCUGCUUUCCGGAAGCCUCUCUCGCCGCCGCCGCUGCCGCUGCCGCUUUCGCUUAUGUUUUAUCAAAAUGGCGGCGAAUUUUCUUGUGGUAGCCCCGCCCAUAUCCGCUGACGUCACUGGUUCCAACUUUUGGAGCAGCAAUUUUUGGGAGCCGUGCCGGUGCCAGCUUCUUUUUGGAACCGGAUGUAGAUCAGGCGCCCUUUUCAUAGCCCACAGUGGUCUCUUCACAGUAUGAUGAGAGAAGACGUCAAAGCUGCGGAUCACUGUGCAGCACAAGUCACCUGCCAGCCAGUCUUCACCUGUCUGUCUGCUGCUCUGGUUUCCUUUAGGCCUGCUGAAAUACAAUGACGUUCACACGCCUGAUGCAAGCAUGUAGAAACAGUCUGUCACCUAUUUAUUACUGAAUAAACUGCCUGGCUUGUC